AGCAGCAAGUUCAACGUCACUGUGCGCGCGCGUCUACAACUCAGCCUGAAGGCUAUUUAAAAGGAUUAGACUAUUUUGACGUAUAUAUGCUGUUUUUGCUUGUUUGUAAUAAUGAAUUGCUAUAUUAACGAUAUAGGUUCAGUGUCAUAUUACUUAUAUUAAUACAUGAACGUCGCACCGACUGCUAUUUCAGCAAGUAGGCUAAGCCACAUCCUCGCAAGCGCGCAAGAUAUCUUGCAUCAAGGUAGGCUAACUGUCAUCGGGUCCGGUUGGUUUUAACACUAGCUUUGCUACAGAUUCGUCUGUCCGGGGAAAAUGAUGGCCUUUCCAGAAUGGCGGCUUUCACUGAAGCUAGUGGACCAGCCAUCCCUCCCCAAGUCGGUGCUGCAGUUUCCCGAGAGCGAGCCCGGGGACGUUCCUCCUGGAGGGUAUCGCGUUGCGACGCUGAAGCAGCUCGUUUCUGCGCAGUUACCUGAUGCCGUACCAGACCCCGACCUUAUAGAUUUGGUGUACUGUGGCAGAAAGCUAAAGGAUGACCUGACAUUAGAUGCAUAUGGGAUCAAAUCUGGCUCUACAGUACACAUCCUGAAGAAGUCUUGGCCAGAGCCGGAGCCCCUCCCAGAGCCCGUCGACAGAGCAGCGGCAGCCAGGGAAUUCCGUGUUCUGCAAGCAGCCAUUCACACAAGCACAGCUUACCGGGACUCGGUGUUUAAAAUGCUGAAUAAUAAGGAGUCUCUGGACCAGAUCAUAGUAGCGACCCCAGGACUGAGCAGUGACCCAGUUGCUUUGGGAAUCCUGCAAGAUAAAGAUCUAUUUGUGCAAUUCACCGACCCAAACAUGCUUGAUGUGCUUAUCAGCGCACACCCGGCGCUGGUGAACGCCAUCAUACUGGUGCUGCACUCGGUGACGGGCAGCGUGCCAGCCCCACAGAGCGCCACCUCCUCCAGGAACCUCUCCUCAGGGUCCUACGGAGACAUGCCAGGGGGAUUUCUGUUUGAAGGCUUGUCUGACGAUGAUGACGACUUCCAGUCAGGCGGUCGUGGUGGUCCCUCCACUAGCGUUGGGGGCUCGGCGGGGAUGCGUCCAGUGACGCUCGGCUACAGCGGCGCUCUGGGUCCUCGGCCCAUCACCCAGAGCGAGCUGGCCACCGCCCUGGCCCUCGCCAGCACCCCUGACAGCAGCGCAGUCACUCCCACCACCAGCAACCAGGUACAAGGCCCCUCCUCAGGUGUAUCUCCUGUGCCUGCCGGGACUCCCAUUACCAAUGACCUUUUCAACCAGGCGCUGCAACAGGCCCUACAGGUGUCCAGUAUGUCCUCUCUGCAGAGCCAGUGGCAGUCCCAGCUGCAGCAGCUGAGGGACAUGGGCAUCAGGGACGAGGAGCUGAUCCUGCGAGCGCUGCAGGCCACUGGGGGAGACAUCCAGGCCGCCCUGGAGCUCAUCUUUGCCGGGGGAGCCCCAUGAGCUAGCACCCACCCAUCCUCUUCCCCCUUGGCCACUGAAGUAGACAUCCAGGCCACCUUAGAGCUCAUCUUCGCCCCCCAAGCCAGCACCCACCCAUCCUCUUCCCCCUGGGCCACUGAAGUAAACAUCAAGGCCACCUUAGAGCUCAUCUUCGCCCCCCAAGCCAGCACCCACCCAUCCUCUUCCCCCUGGGCUACUGAAGUAGACAUCAAGGCCACCUUGGAGCUCAUCUUCGCCCCCUGAGCCGCCGCCCCCAACUCCCCCACAGACACUAAAACAUAAGGGGAGUUGGGCUUUCACUCUAACAGUCCUGUAUGUAGCGCACACCAGCAGCAAUGUAACUAGCGCAAGCUGUUACACUUCUGCCACACCACUGUUGCACAUGCCACUAGUGAAUAUCGGAUGUUUGAAAGGGCAGCAAACAUAUUAUAGUAGUGAUAAAACAGUAUGCAUGUUGCAAAGACUCAUGGUGUUUCCAAUGUCAGUGUUUUAUGCAUCUUAGGUCUUUGUUUCAGUUAGUUAAAAAAAACAACACUUGUUUACAUUGCUGAGUCAGUAGCGAGAUGCAUUGACAUUGAGAAACUCAUUGGUGGAGGUAUAGAGACAUUUGUAGACUUUGGAAAAAAUAUGUAGGCCUACUCACUGCACUAUCCUUUGUGUGAGAGCUGAUGUGUUACUUUGAAGUUAAUGGAUUUUAUUUGCACAUUUAAUAUACAUAAUAAUAUUGAAUCAUUUUUAAAUAGAAACGUUUUUUAUGGAAAUCCCAAUAUGAGAGCAAUCUUUAUUUUUUUCCCUACAAGAUAUUGUGGAGUUUUAACUCCAGCCUAUAUAGAUCAGUGUAUUCAGGGUGAUGUAUAGGCUACAUUCAUGUGUCCUGGAGCAUAAAAUGACAUGGACAUGGCUAUGAAGAUUGCCAAGCCAAUUUUCUGUUUCUUGCAAGCAAUAUGAUCUGACAUUGCAGAUCUUUCAUUUAGAGAAAUCAUGUUAGUUUAUUUUGUUUAAAAAGGUUCAGGCUAACGUUCAUGGUCUGUAAUAUUUAAGAAAUGCUGAAUAAAAUCCCUGAUAAGA